AGGCACCACAUCCGAGUACGUGGACCCAGCUGUCGAGAAAGCAUACGGUAUUGUGCCUCCCUCACAUCCCAUCACCACGUCUUUAACUCUACCUGCAGUCCGCAAACUGGACCUCUACCUCCUGCCUUUUCUCUCCUUCAUGUACUUCUUCAACUCGGUCGACCGGAGUAACCUGGGCAACGCGAAAACCGAUGGCAUGGAUAAGGACCUCGGCUUUGUCGGAGAGCAGUAUUCGCUGUUGAUUUUGUUGUUCUAUGUGCCGAAUGGGUUAUGCGAUUUGCCGCUUAAUAUGUUGACGAAGAAGUGGAGUGGGAAGGUGAUGCUUCCGAGCUUGAUGGUGGGCUGGGGUGCGUGUGCGCUGCUUCAGUGCGCGGCGAAGAAUUUUGCUGGAAUGCUCGUGCUCCGUCUGCUUCUCGGGGGAUUCGAGGCGGGCUUCUUCGCGGGCGUGGUGUUCUACCUUACGCUGUUUUAUACGCGUGGUGAGCUGGGGUUCCGCAUCGCUAUCUUCUUCGGCAGCGCGCUGUUAGCGGCUGCUUUCAGCGGCCUUAUUUCCUACGGCGUGUUCCAGAUCAAUGAUCCGCAUAUUCCGGGUUGGAAGUGGCUUUUCCUGAUCGAGGGAGGCAUGACCGUCAUCGUCGCUGUCGUCGCCUACCUCUGGCUCCCCGCCUCCGCCUCGAGCGCCUGGUUCCUCAACGACACCGAGAAGGAAGUUGCGAAAACCCGCACUCUCCGCGACCUAUCAGCCACUUCGCAUUCUGCCUUCAGCCUCCGCGAAAGCUUCGCCAGCUGGAAGACCUGGAAAAUGAUCCCCUGGACCAUCAUCGCUUUCACGUACCCCGUCGCCUUCAGCACAACCUCGAACUUCCUCCCGCAAAUCGUGCAGCGCCUGGGCUACUCCGUCAUCAAAACAAACCUCUGGACCGUCGCGCCGAACGCCGUGGGCUUCGUCUUCCUGCUCUGCGUCACCUACAGCAGCGAUUACUUCCGCGAGCGCACCUUCCACAUCGUCCUCGCCCUCUGCGUCAGCCUCGUCGGCCUCAUCAUCCUCGCCAUCAUCGACGUCCUGCACAACAAAGCCGUCGCGUACUUCGCCUGCUUCAUGCUCUGCGCGGGUGCCUACAUCCCCUCCUGUCUCGUCCACAGCUGGCACAACAACAACAAUCUCAACGAGAAUUCGCGCGCCGCGACGACGGGGCUGAUGGUCGGCUUGGGCAACCUGGGUGGCAUUGUGAGCGCGGCCACGUUUAGGGCCGAGUAUGCGCCCAAGUAUGUGCCGACGCUCGCGGCGACGGCGGCGUGCAAUGUGGUGUGUAUUGUGACGACGCUGGCGCUGGGUGGCUGGAUGAAGAUGCAGAAUCGGAGGAGGGAUCGCGAGAUGGGGUGUAGGGUUAGGGCGGAAGAUGUGAGGACGGAGGAACUGGGGGAUGGGGAGAAGAGCGAGAUGUGGAGGUAUUUUACGUGAGGAGGUGGAGAAGGAAAAGGGGGGUUGGAACGAUAGUUUGAUGUGGAUUGAGCCAAAGAGAAUGCGAUAAUGACUGUCUCGAAGGAUCGAUCGCGCUCCAGGCUCUAGUGUACGCCCGUGACCUCGGGAAUGUGAUGAAGGCCGCGAUAGAUAACAAUGUGGCAUGAAACCUCGAGCUAGAGACGUCGU